AUGGAUGCGUCUGAAUUGGACGGUAAAGCAUGGGGUAGGAACGGGCCUCUAAAGAACUGUAAACUAUGCAGAACGUUUGCUGAUGCAAUCGUUACGGCAACGCUCUACACACCACCAGAAGAGGCGAAAUGCUUUCUGGGCGAGAUAGUGCAGGCGGUUAUUCGUGAAGGCAAUGACUGCAUUAUGGAGAAGAAUCCAGACUUUCCUGGACUGCCUGCGUCACCGAUUAUCGAAAAACCGAUGCACAAGGACAUCGAAGAUCUGAUUGACGACAUCUCAAACUUCAUUAUUGUACAUAGUCGUAUCCAGAAGUGUGCCAACGAGGAUCCAGAAGCCGCAAACACAACCACCAAAUGCAUUGAGAAACCGUUCCCGGGAUUUUUAGAGAAACAUAAAAGCUGUUCGCAUUUCAUUCAUAUCGAUCACUUUGCCACUGAAUUAUUGUAUAAUGAGAUGCGAGUGAUGGGGCUAACUGAUGACUUUGACAGACUGAUAAGUCUAAGACUUAAAGGAACCCAAACUGUAAACUGUGCAGAACGGUAUGGCUGGCUUCGUCUAUCUUUAAAACAUCGCCUGCCUUGGCUAACUGUUUCAAACAAGUCUCCUUCACAAUCAGUUGAGAUGAUGCUGAUCUCUUUGCUACGUGACUGCGUUCAAGCAAUUCCGAACAAAUGUCGGAAGGAAUUGAAUGUUUUGAAAGAUGCGAUUUGCUUGUGUGUUCAAGAUGCUCGCGCUGAAGUUCGACGACGUUUCGAGCGCUUAACGCAAUCAUUUCAUUUGGCUGUUCAAUCGAGAGUGGAUCGUGAAAAAGCGAUCGGUAAAGGUGGUCAAAUUGAGUCGUGUGUAGAAAAGAUCAGAAGUUUUAUGAAGACGAAUGCUAAUGACUGGUAUGAAGUGGUUGACUCAGCAACGAGUAAGUGCUUAAAAAGUAACCCAAUGCGACGAAGCGUUGGAAUCAAGCCUUUAUUACACGUUGGAUGCAAAAAGGUCGAAAAUUUGUUCGGAAUUUUCCAAGCAUUUCAGAAGGAGCAUGCUAUUAAAAUUUCAACAAUGUUUCAGAUUCUGCAUGACAAAACUGGCAUUUAUAUGAAACAACUGAGUGAAGCGUUCGAUUUUGUUGGCUAUCUUAUUGAUGCGAUCACAAAUCGUUCAUCCAGAAUUUGCAAUAUUGAUCAGUGA